UGCUUCACAACAUUACUUAUUUUUCAUAGUUAAACCACUCUAGCUAGUACGAACUAAAACAUGGAGGGUGGUUGCAUCAAUGGUUCUGCUCUAAAAAUGUCGAAGAAACCAGCAAGAAAGGAUAUUGAGAAAAAUAGAAGGAACCAUAUGAAGUUUCUCACCUCACAACUUUUCUCUCUUAUCCCUACUCAUUACAUGUCCAAGGGAGGUGAUCAAGUGUCGGAUCGAAUGGAUAGAGCAAUAGAGUACAUUCAAAGCUUGAAAACCAACUUGGAAAUGAUCGAAAACAAGAAGGAGAAGCUAUUGAGUAGGAAGAGAUCACAUGAACACAUACAAACUAAUAAUUCGAGCAAUUCAUCGCAUGAUAUUCAAAUCCACGAAAUGAGUCAUGAUCUUGAUGUUGUUCUAGUAACGGGUUUGAAAAAUCAUUCAAGUUUUUGUGACGUUGUCCAAUUACUUGAUCAAUAUAGCGCUGAGGUGGCACUUGCGAACUUUUCAAGUUGUGGGCAUUCGACAUUUCACAUCCGUCAUAAAAAGAUUGAAGCCGAUGGUAUUUGUAAGAGAAUCAAGCAAAAGCUUGAAGGAUCUACAGUCAUGGAGUUCAAGGAAAAUGCGUCAUCAUUUUGGAGUCAACCAGAUUCAGAUUUAAGUGUAUGGGACUUUGAUGUCCAUUCCUUUAUGUGGGGAUUGGAGUUAGAGGUGUUGCCACCUAGUAUAUUUAGUUAGAGACGAUCGAAAACAGGAUCAGAUAGAACUUAGCUUUACAUGAGCAUAAGCGAACCAAGGAUUUCUAAGUUAAGGGGGUUUAGACGAAUAUGCUAUUCCAACAUUAUGUCAAAGUUCGUUUGUAACUGCGAGACAGAGGCACCCUUGUCUUUCGGUUUGACAGUCGUAUAGUUAGAUUCUUGCCGACGAUUCAAGCGAGUAACAUGAAAAUAUGUUAGCUAUAUGAUAAUAAUUUGUUAAUGUAUAAUAUUUAGAGAUGUUUCUUUUACAGUAA